UGGUUGAAACGAACCUUAAUAUAACCGGCGAAUAAGUUGUAUUAAAAAUCGUCUUCUGGAGCUGCACAUCUGAAAGAAUUUGUAUCACAUUUCUUUGAUUAUUCGGGGCGCUUAUCGCUUCGACGAUUUUGCGGAGAUUCGACAGAUACAGUCUCACACCAGUGAUACGUUGACCUUUAAAAUAUCUAUAUAACAGAUUAAUUAGAUUAUAUAUACAUUUGCGCAUCUAUUCUUCGAUUUGAUUUCCCUAAAUGCAUAUAAAAUCAUGUUCUAACACUCUUUUUCUUUACUUUUUUUUCCUAUUUAGUAAAUUAGAUAUAAUAAAUACUCAUGAAAUAUUUAGAUGUUAUGCAUAUGUUAUAAAAUCUUAAAAAAAUAAGACAAUAUGUCCAGUACAUAUUAUCUUUAAUUUAUGUAUUUUAAACAUUUAUUAGUCUUAAAUUGAUUUUAUUUAAGAACUACUAUUUGAUACUACUGAUACAAACUUAUCAUAGCAAAAACAUUAGUUCUUUUGGUACAGAAGAAUCAAACUGUUCAUAUUCUAUUUAACAUGUAUCUAAUAGUCUAGUAGAUUACAUUGUUGUUCUUAUAUUUUCAGGAAUUUUUAUUUAAAGAAUCAAAUACAUCUCAAGUAUUUGAGUUGAAGACUCCUGCGUACAUUCCUGCCGCUUGCAAUCUUCUUGUGGCUGACAAAAAACGAGGGCUGCUUUACAUAGGACACGACGAUAAGAUUACUGUCUUAAAACCAGCAGAGGAGGACAAUGCAGAAUGGAAGAUAGAACUUCAGUUGCCAGGCGUUAUAUCAAAGAUUGCAAUUAAUUAGUCUCAACCUGUUACUUGAAAUAACACCAUCAAACAAGCCAGACAGCUAUGUAACGGACAUACGAUGGAACCCUACUGUACCUGUAAUGCUUUGCAUUGUUACCAGUGACUGUGUCGUUGGUAGUUUUCAAUUGAAGAUAGAAGAAGAAACGAAAAUAUCUGUAGUUUCUAAAGUGUCAAAUGAACUGCAGGCACUGUGCGCAGCUUGGAGUCCUAAAGGCAAGCAAAUAGCAGUGGGCUGCAAGAACGGGGACAUAGUACAAUUGAAGCCAGAUACUUUGAAGGUGGCUAGAACUAUCACGGGCCCUUUGCCAUCCAUCGGCGAGGUGAUUAACAUUCUGUGGCUCAGCAAUUAUCAGUUUUGUGCCGCUUAUUUGAACAACGAGCGCCAGAUAAAUGUUCUCAUCAUUGAUGCACCGAAAGGAGAGGCGAACGCUAUAUUCACAUGCUACGAAGACAUCACGUACGGUUUUCCUGAUGCUGAGGGAGAAGACAGCGUUCCGCGCUAUUAUUUCGAACACGUGCCAGAAUGGGGGAUUAUCAUAGCAGGCAGUGGCACUAGCAGUGAAAUCGCUGUGCUAGGCACUACGGAUGGUGGCGCGAAUUGGAAUCAGUGGCAAUUGGUCGACAGUGGCAGAGCUCAAUUGCCGCUGAUGAGAACCACAGAGAUUUAUCCUCUCGGUCUUGCUGUAGAUAAAUCUCCGACCAGCAAAUUGCCGUGGGGCACGGACUCGACAUUGCCACAUCCAAUUCCCAUUUUACACAUUCUCGGAACGUCCGGGAAAUUGUGCAGUUUCCAUAUGGUCAAUCUAGUGCCGAAUUGUCCUGCUAUCAAUGUUCCUCCUACAGAAAUUAUCGCGCCUCCACAACCGACACAACAGUCUAAUGCUUCACCUGCGGAAAUCUCGUUUAAUGUGAAUACCGCGACGACUAGCACGCCACGUCCGAAACAACAAUUGGAGAUGAUGCCGGAACGAUCAAAGCCUGUCCCGACGAAUAUAUUUGGCGACUCUCUGAAAGCAGCGGGAUUCUUUCAACCAUCCGAAGAACAACAACAAGUAGAACAGCCAAAACCGCAAGAGGAAAAAGUUGCACCGCAAAUAGUUGUAAAGUCGAUUACGCCUAGGGAACCGCCCGUUUUAGAACUUGCGAAGACGGAAAGUAAAUCAGUUGUAGAUACGGAAGCGACCUUAGCGCAAGUAGCUGAGCAUAAAGCUUCUAUAGACGAUAAUAUACGGAUGCGAGCUUAUUUGCAGGAACAAGCAUUGUUUGAGAAAGAAUUGCGAAAUAGGUUGGAGCCGCAGGUGUGGGAAUGCGGCACGGACGUGGAAAAGAAACGGCUCGGAGAAACGUCCAUAGAAAACGACAUAGAACUCUUCUUGAGAGAUUUAAAGGAAAUAACGAGCGGACUGUCCAGCGAUAUAGCGUACUUAAAAGCUCUAUUACUUCAGUCAUUUGCAUGGGUUGAAGAAACCAAAUCGAAGAACGCGGCCAGUGUCGAUAUUACCGCUAGGAACUGCAGCGAGAACAGUAAAAUAGCAGAUUUGCAACGGUGGUACUACUACACGCAAACGCAACUGAACGAAGUUAACAAGAUCUUGGAUUUAGAAUGGUCGGACCACAAAGCGCAGGUAAAAAAGAUGAAAAUUCCCAGCUUGGAAUACGUGUAUCAGAAUCUUCUGAUGCAUAACAAGAUUAUCACGAAGGAGAAGGAGAAGAUCGAACAAAUUUCGCGACGGUGGAAAUCGCUCAAUCGUUCGUUGGCGGCUAGUGGCGUGUCCAAUCUUAAUUGUUCGAUGGCGAGUCUCCAUGUGAGCGCACCAAAAUCGCCAGCAGCGUCGGUUAUCCGAGGGAAGACCGACGUUAUAGACGCUCGCUGCAAAAACAUCGCCUCGAAAACUCUAAGUUUCACACUUGAGAAACAGCUCAAGCUGAGAGCGUUGCUCACCGAAUCAUCUCCGAGAAUUAUCAAGCCGGUUAAUCCGUCGCCAAUUCAGGAUCGCUUGAAAGCUACGCUGUCUUCCCUCGCAUCUCUUAGUCCUGUGAUCAAUGAAGCUAAGACUAAAACCGACCCGCCGAUUGUUAAACAGCAAAGUAUCACCAUCAAACAACCGGUUGAGACUAAGCAAACCGGCAAAUCGCAAAGUCCUCUCGCUUCAUUGAACAGUAUCGUCGCGAGAAUCGGUUCGUCUGACACGAACGGUGUCGUCACGCAGAACAAAGUCCAACAGAAGCUUCCAACGACCAUUUCUUUCUCCGGUUCCGCAAUUUCAACUAAGCCAGCGGACAAAAAGCCUGCCGCGCCAGCAGUUCUCGCAUCAAUGUCUCAAUCUAAACCAAAACAGGAGCUCAAUGUUAACUUCCCGACGUCUAUCACGUUUGGUACGCCGGUUUCGAAAUCUCAGGAUACCCUCUUUUCGAAAUCUCUCCUUACAGAUGUAACUGCCAGAAACAAUAAGGAAUCGGCGAGCAGCGAUAGCGUUCCCUUUAAAGCUCCGGAAUCUGCUCUAUUCUCGACCGGACUGUUAAAGGAUAAACUCACGUUGUCAACGGAAUAUCCAUCAACGGAGACCACUCGUAUGGGAGUCGCACGUAAUCUUCCGCUCUCUGUGACGCCAAUCGUAAAAACGGACGCCGCUGCAACGUUUAGUUUCGCUACACCUAACACGACUCCACCUAUUGCGAAAAAUUUGUCCUCCGGUACUGCGUUGAACAUGAUGUCCUACAAUUAUUCGAAACCUGCACCUAACACGUCCAUUAUAGAACCCACGAUAACAAUUCAAGCAGUACCAAUGCAAACGCCGAUAGAGCUAUCAGCUCUAUCCCUGGGAUCACCUAGCACCCAGUUAACAUUUUCAUCGACUGAUCAUCCAAGCAACAACGCGGACGGCAAGGUAAAUGCGCUCACGACUUCCAUGAGCUUCGCUACACCAGUACCCGCUAUUACAGCACAGACUCCCGCGAUGACGACUGCCAUUACAUCCACUAUAACUCUCGGUGGAGUUACCAUUAAUGUCGUAGACGCGAACGCUGCUCGCAAAUCGAUGAUGGAAGUGCCAGUCAACAAUUCGGUCGUGAUCCAGAAAGUUGUUGCGCCAGAAGAAAUAGCGGCUACCUAUGGUACUGCACCUGCUCAGAUUCCAAUUUCUAAUUUAACUGUGACACCGAUAUUUGGCGGCCAGACCAUCGUGAAGAAUGCGGCGACAGUACCGGAGACAAUCACACUGCCCGCUACUACAACUACUUUCGGCGCAGUUUCGUAUCCGUCGAUUACACCUACAUUUGGGACGUCAACAGUCUUAGCACCAACUACCACCGCAUCGAUGUUUAGCGGAUUCGCAAACACGUCAGCUGGAAUUACUGCUAACUCCUCAACGAUGGUGCCUGCGAGCAGCACCGUGUCUCCUUUUCAAACUUCUUCGAGUAAACCACCGUUCGGCGAAACUACCACCAGCAAUAUGCCAACCACGAGUUUCGGGAUCAGCUCUGGCAAUACUUCUCCCGCGGGUACAAUAUCAUUCGGUAUGGCUGCUGCGACGAGAACGAUGACAACGACGACGUCGACGACGACAACGACUUCGAUCACGCCAGCGUUUGGUAAGAGCCCGAUAGCAUCUCCGGUAUCGAACACGCAAUUUCCAAGCGUUCAGACACCGCCCGCGUCGACAGCAAUUUUUGGAAAACCGAUAAUCAGUCCUGCAUCGACACCGUUUGGCAACACUUCGGGUUCUGUGUUCUCCAAUACACCCGCUACCUCCUCAAACACCUCUAUAUUCGGAGGCAACAGCAUGAAUUCUAUCUUUGGAUCAACUUCUCCGAGCGGAAAUAUCUUCGGGGGUAACGCGACGGGAUUCGGUCCGUCAUCGGGAUCUAUCUUCGACACUAGCACCUCAAAAUCCAGUAUCGUAUUUGGACAGGCACCUGCUUCCCCUUUUGGAAGUGCGGCGCCAGCGGCAGUCAGUGGCUCCCCUGUGGGUGCAAAUGUCUUCAGAUCUACUGCAUCUAACACGUCUCCCAUACAACAACCUGUACUCAGUAGUCAAUCUGCUUUCGGACAAGCCCCUGCCUUUGGUGCCAAGCCAGUGUUCGGAUCAUCACCCAUGUUUGGCGGAUCGAAACCUGUUUUCGGAGGUAGUGGUUUUGGCUCACCUCCUACAUUCGAGCCUCCUGGCAUAGGAUUUGGAAGUUCACCCACUAUGCAAGCUGGCUCUACAAUGGAAAAUAUGCCAAAAGUAUUUGGAGAAGUAGCAGGCAGCAGUACAUUUGAAUCUUUAGCUAAUCAAUCAGGUGGUCUCAGUUUUGGUAGCUUAGCCCAGAAGAAUCCAGAAUCAGAGAAACCAACGUUCACUGCCGGCAGCUCGUUCUCCAGUUGGAGAUGAAUAAGAUAUAGUUGCGGCAGAUUUAUCUUCAAAACUGUUAUGCGUGCAGAAUGUGAAAUUUUUAUCUGAAUAAGGAAUUAUUUAAUUACAAUCGUGUGUAUAUACUGUUUUACACUCAGAAGGAUGUACUUUUUAUGAAUAAAAGAUCAUGUUCUAUA